UUUCAGUUGCGUCCUGCCAUGCCUGCACAGUUUAGCUGCUCUUGUCUGUUGAAAGUUGCGGGUGGGUAUAAUGUGUUUUAAACCGGGAGCCGGUGUUUCAACAUAAAAGGAUAACAGCAAGACAACAAGAGAAUAAAGUCUAAAAUGCGGAAGAGCAUCCUGGACGACUUGCAAUUUGCAAAUGAGAUCUGCAUUGAUGAAAUUGUCGCCCCUAAAAAAUCGCCAUCGAUUGGUGCUGCCAAUAAAGACAGUACAACACCGGAACCGGAGAAAGAUUACUUUGAUGAAGUCUCUGGACGUUUCAACCCAGGUUCUGUACCAGAAAGCGAGGAUUCCUUCCAAAUUGUAUUCAAUGAUGCUCCUAAGUUACGUAGAACAUCGGACUGUGAAUCAGAAGACUCUUUUAUCGUGUUUGAGGAUUCACCGGACAGCUGCUACACAUCAAAUGAUGUGUUUGGAGAUUCCAGUGACUCUGAGGAGUAUGACAGUGAUUCAGAUGACAUGAGUGACUCUGGCUGUGGAAAUGCCUCAUUGGCGGCUUCGCAGUUGUCUAACAGUGUCAAUAAUCUGGCUGAUGACAGCCUGUGUGAUGCAGAAGAUGAAGUGGACUGUGGUCAUGUGACAUUUUGUGAUAGAGUGGGUGUUGGUGAGGUAGCAGAGUUGGAGAGUGAGAAAUUCAGUGGUCUCCUGCUGGAUGGUAGAAAGAAGAAAUUACGAAGAGCGUUACCAGCUAAGAAGGUCCACUUCUCGGAACAGCCUCCGACAGUCCACGUGAUGAGAGUCUGGUCGUUCGCAGCUCGACAGGCCAGGGUCGGUCAUUGGAUGAGAUACGCCUUAGAUCGAGACAGAUUCAAGCGACGGAUAGCGGACGUAGACAUGGCUGUCUCCUGGGUCCUCAAACCUCAACAUCGUUCUCGCGUCAUGUUCCAACGCUCCAUGAAGCGGAAAGAAAUCUUCGAAAAGAAGGAACUGGAAGCCUUCGAGCAAGCCGAAAAAGAAGAAUUAGAGAAACUUGAAUCAGGUAAUGUCGACACCGCCCAGGAUGGUGACGAAGAAGAUUGUAAAGGACCACAACCUCCUAUGUCCGUUCUAGAAGAGAACAAUAAGAAUAAUGUCAAAGUAGAUUUGACUGAUAAUGUAAAUAGUUACCAAAUUGUUCCCGUUAAAGACAAGAUUUUAGAUUUGUGCACAGAUUAUAAAGUGCCGGCCGUUGAAACUUGACAGGAGUGCCUGUUCGCGUUCUUAGUCUAUGGCGUCGGGUAGCUCUAAACUAGUCAAAUUCAAUACUUUUUUCGAACUGUCAAAAACGACAGUUUUCUAUGAAUUUUGUACG